GGGAGGGGGCGGGGAGCGCGAGCGACGACAGAGGAGAAGGCGGAGCGCUGAGGGGAGCGUGCGAGGCAGAAAGUGUAGGCCGGGAGGCGGGCGGAGGAAGCCAGCGAGGAGCAAGUCAGGCGGCAAAAGUCGAGCCGGCGGCGGGAGCGAGGACGAGAGGGCCAAAAUAAGAAAGCGAGGCGGCGGCGACCACUAGCUGCGACGAGAGACGACUCCAAGCCUGGCCGUGUAAAGAGCCCACGCCAUGGCCGAGACGAAGGCCACACAUGAGGAGCAUGACCCAGCAACUGAGAAUGUAGAUGAUUCUAACCAUGACCCACAGUUUGAGCCCAUAGUUUCUCUUCCUGAGCAAGAGAUCAAAACUCUUGAGGAAGAUGAGGAAGAACUCUUUAAGAUGCGAGCAAAGCUGUUCCGGUUUGCAUCAGAAAAUGAUCUUCCCGAAUGGAAAGAACGAGGCACUGGUGAUGUAAAACUUCUGAAGCACAAAGAGAGGGGGACCAUUCGCCUCUUGAUGAGGAGAGAUAAAACCCUAAAAAUCUGUGCAAAUCAUUAUAUUACACCUUUAAUGGAGCUGAAGCCUAAUGCGGGAAGUGACAGGGCAUGGGUGUGGAAUACACAUGCUGAUUUUGCAGAUGAAAGUCCUAAGCCAGAACUUUUGGCAAUUCGGUUUUUAAAUGCAGAAAAUGCACAAAAAUUCAAGGCAAAGUUUGAAGAAUGUAGGAAUGAGGUUGAUCAGAAGAGAAAGAAAGCAGGAACAGACAAAAAUGAUAGUGCUGAGAAAGUUGCUGAGAAACUAGAAGAACUUUCUGUAAAGGAAGAGAGCAAAGAAUCUGAGAAAGAAGUCAAGGAGAAAACUGAAGAAAAGCAAUAAAUCAUCUUGGGCCUUGUGUUUUCUUUUUUUAAUUUUUUAAUUUUUACAAGGGACUUUAUAAAGAACUGUACUCCAACAUUCAAAUUUUUUUCUAACUUUUGCCCUUUUUGAAGAAAUCUUCAGAAAAAAAAAUCCAUUCCCCAGUCAUGAAAAUGUACUGUGCUAAACUUUCUUUUCCAUAGUGGAAACACUUAUUUAUAGUCAUCCAAGAGAGUGAAUAAAGGUGUGAAAAUGGUAUCAAAGGACAGAACUGAGUUUUCUAUAUACUUCAUAUGUGUGACUGCAACUAUUACCUUGAGUUAUAUUUUUGAGUGCAUAUCUUUAGAUGAGAUGUAGUAUUACUGAAUUAUACCAAUAGAAAAAGUGCAGGUAAUAAAGAUGUUUCUCAUAUGUUGUGACUGAAAGCUGUAAAUUAAUGACUGAAACAAGAUACUCUAUUCUUUCCUUGUAAGUGAGGUUUGAGUGAAUGAAUACGUGUUUUGUGCAACAUUAUUACAGAAAAUGGCAUGCCCCUUAGAAUGUAUUGUCAUCCUACAAUGGCCAGCUAUGUACUUCAACAUACUUGUGAUGUCUAACAGGCACUUGUAGAUGAUGGAGCACAGCAGAAUGUGUGUUUUGAAUUUGUGACUGAAAAUGAUGCUGAUUGACAGAGAUGCAAGACUUACACUAUUUCAGAAUCCAUUCUCAGUGCAGCGCAUGGAUCAUGAGCAGUUUGUGGUAUGGAUGGGACAUGAAGUUGUUAACUACGGUCUCUUAAUAAAAUCUUAAGUCUAAAUUGUCCAUUUAACACAAAUAUUAAGGCUAGUAUAUUGCAUAUCCUGUUCUGUCUUAAUGAUAGCAUAUCCCAAUUCUGCAGGGGGAAUUGAUGCAUCUAAGGGGACUUCAGACUGGGAAAAUAGAACAUUCAGCAUCUUUGAGAAUAUGCAUCAAAAUUUGAACUCAGCUCCAUCAACUAAAAUAACAGAACUUUGUUGGCUAAAUUGAACAUUAUUAAAAGAGUUUAAUGUGUAUGACAUUAGUCAUACACCUAAGAUAAAAUGUUCUGUUGAUAUUAGAAAUGGUACUUCUGUUUGCAUUUGCUGCAUGAGCUAUCUUAUGUGGAAGCUCUUUUCCACAUGUAAGUCAUUUCGGAUCCCCAUCCAGGUACGGCAAACGGCGUUUGUGACUGACUUAGCAUUCAGCACACAGGCUUAUGAUCAUACUGCAAAACAGAUAAUCAUUGCUGGCAAUACCAGUGAUAUUCCUGCAUACAGGUCCUGGUUGCACAAGUGUGUGUGUCUGGAUUGGGGCUUGUCUCCAUCACAGUCCAUUUUAUCCAUUUAUAACGUUCCACUCUUGUUCACUGUGGUUCCAUCAGAACUCAGCAUAGAUUGUCUAACAUACUUAAGAGGUGAGAAUAAUUGGUGCAGUCUUUAAAGAUCCAAGCCUCCUAAUGUACACAUAUACUGUAUCUUGAGUGAGUGUGUGUAUGUAGAUGUAAAACAUUCCUUUUCCUCAUCUGUAACAGUAUGCACAACACUUCGAAUGCAAGCCUUUUCUCAUUAAACUGAAUGGGAAAAACUUAGAUUUAAUGUAAUGGAUUUAGAAUGCAUCCUCUGUCUUUACCUAGAACUAUAAACACUUCCUUGAUUUUUCUGCUUCCAAUAA